GAAAAAGCAGCGGGAGUUGGGAGAGAGGGGCAAGAGAGGCUGAUGAGCUGAUGUAAGUGACAGUCAGUCAUGGCUGAGGAACCAGCAGGAGUAAUCCAAAUACUCAGAACCCAGAAGGCCAAGCUAAUAGAAAUUCUAAGUGCUGAUGCUGACUUUGUACUGCAGCAUGCAGACUCACGCUCUCUGCUGUCUCGUUCUGGGUACCAGCAAGUGAAAGCUUGCCAUAUUCCCAGUGAGAAGGUGAGGGACCUUCUGGAUAAUGUCAUCCAGAGAGGGCCCAAAGCAGCACAGGGUUUACUGGAACUACUGAAGGAUCAGGCCCUGCAGGAAACCUUCCCAAUGCUUUCCUAUGUUAAGGAUCUGCAAGUCAACACACUGUCCUCAGAAACAUUGAAGAGGACAAAAUCAGCUCCUGGUUUACAAGAGACCAUUCCAUCUAAACGGAUCUGCAACAAUGGUUCUCACUUGGUGACGGAGAAACAGCUGAUGACCGUGGCUUGUGCUAUUGGCAGAUCUUGGAGGGAGAUUGGCAGACAGGCACUGGACAUACGCUCUGUGAAGCUGGAGGAGAUUGAAGAGGACCAUUCCCUCCAUAAGGAACGAGUAUUUGCGAUGCUGCGCCACUGGCGUAACACCCAGAGGGAAAAAGCCACUGCCACUUACCUGCACUCCCUGCUUAGUCAGAACGACUGGGCGCUAACAUCUGAAAGCAUUGAUUUUCUGUUGGAGACUGACUGAGGCUUUCACUGCCUGGUACCUGCUGAGACUGACAAAUCAAAGGGAAUGUUUUUACUGGAAAUAAGUGUUUCUCAUCAUAGAUCUUGCCAUUCCAUAUCAAGAAAAAAAACGACACUUGA